AUGGUAGACUCAAUUUCAAUAUCACGAAACCCUAACUCCCUGGUCCCACAGUCAACUUCAGGCGACCCUCCACCACCACCAACUUACGCCGGCGUUACUGCUGGUGGUGGUGGUGGUGGUGGAGGAGGAGGAUUCUUAGCUCUUCCUAAACGACCGCCGAUAAGAGUGACGUCAGAGUUUGACAGUGACAGCUCCAUUUUCUUCCACAAGAUCUCUUGCAAGUUCUUCGAUAGUCUGGCGAAGUUGAAGCUCUCGUUUCAGAACGACAAAAAAGGUGAGAUUUCCGAGCCCCAAUUGGUCUUCAAAUCCAAGUACCUUUCGCUGAACUACGAAUUCGAAGAACAUAACGCCCUUGUCGAAGGCUUCUUCGAUUUCGCUCCUGGUUUGCAAUUGCGAGCUGUUCACGAUGUCAAGGUUGUCCAAAAGAAUGUACUGAUGAAGAAAAUGGAAGUAUUUGGUCCAUGUAAAGAAGUUUCUUUGAAUGGACGGAUACCAAUGUACUAUCCGCUAGACGCAGUGUGCAAAAGUCAAGGUGCACCCCUUGCACCUCAACUGGUCUCAGGCGAGGGGACAUUGAUGAAGUGCGUGCGUCGCAUGCCUUGGGGAUCAAGCUCAAGUGUGCAAAAGUCAAGGUGCACCCCUUGCACCUCAACUGGUCUCAGGCGAGGGGACAUUGAUGAAGUGCGUGCGUCGCAUGCCUUGGGGAUCAAGCUCAAGGUUCAAAGUGUGCAAAAGUCAAGGUGCACCCCUUGCACCUCAACUGGUCUCAGGCGAGGGGACAUUGAUGAAGUGCGUGCGUCGCAUGCCUUGGGGAUCAAGCUCAAGGACAGCAGUGAGCAAAAAAAAGCACUGUUCAAGGCUGUGAACAGUCCUCCCGUGAAAAGUAAUCUGGCUAGUAACAUUUCUGUGAAAAAUAAUCUUGACUAG